AUGGAUCGUCCUCCAGAAACAGAUGACGAAGUUGGGAGCGACGAAAUUUUAAUCAGUGACAAGAAACUAAACAAGGAAAGGAAGGAAGAGACGGAAUUCGUUCGCUCUUCUCCAGAGCAAAUCACACAAAAGAUUGAAUAUUCAACGAACAAGACGACUGAGGAAUUUGAGAGGACCAGGGAACCUUCAUCGCAGGUAAUCACGUUCUCCUGUAGAUCCUCUUCACGCGUUAUACAACAAUUUUGGUGGUUUUACAGAAGAGGUUCAUGUCUGGCGGAUUCGGUUCUUCUCGUUCAUCUGGUUUCGGCUCUUUUGGCUCAAGUUAUACCGAAAAAGAAAAUGUUCCUGCCUUCAACUGUGCGGAAUUGUAUAGUGCUGAUAGAGGUGGUGGGUUUGAUGGAGAGAGAUCUGGAGGCGGCUCAGGAAGAGGCGAUCAGCGAGGAGGACGUGGCAGAGGUUUCGAUCGAGAAGCACGCUUCCGCGACAACUAUCGUGAUCGCGAUGGACGUGAUGGCAACGGUGAUGGGUACCGACCAAGAGGUGGAUAUGGAGGAGGCGGCGGAAGAGAUUCCCAGGGACGAAGUGGAUUUCGAGGAGGCCGAAACUAGAUACUUCCGGUUUCAUUGUUUCGUGGUUUUUUUGAUAUGUUGUGUUACAUUUAUCUGGUUAGGGUGCAUGCAUACUUGA